AAUUCCUUUCGCUUUUCCUAAAUCUGGAAAUCCAAUAAAAAAAUAAAAAAUAAAUAAAAAAAACUUAAAAAAUACGAAUCUGUGUAUCUUCAUUAAUCACUUUUAUAUUUCAGACUCAUCCUUCAGUUUCUUCCUUUAUCCCACUCUCUCCGGCAGUUUCCUUUUUCUCAGAGGGGAAUUCGGUUGAACCAGAACCAGUACUGUCUCAGCGUGGGACCGAGUGAGUGAGUGAUUUGCUCGCGAGUGAGUGAGUGAGUGAGUGAGUGAUUUGCUCGCGAGUGACCGAGUGAGUGAGUGAGUUCGAGUUGAUGAUUACAACAAUGUCUCUCAUCUGUUCACCUUGAUUGCUCAAUAACUUUUAUCAAUCUCCAAAUUAUUACUCACUUGAUUGAGAUUUCACCAUUAAAGAAGAUGAAGAGCGGUGUAGUAAGCGUUAAUGGAGUUGGAAUCUCCACCACAAAGCGACGAUGGAGAGGCUUUGUAAUUGCAGUUCUUGGCCUCGUCUUUCUCUCCAUGCUUGUUCCUCUCGUCUUCCUUAUCGGAUUUCACCAUGCUUUUCACUCUUCUCCUUCUUCAUCUGGAUCUGGUUUUCCAUCUCAACAACAAACUUCUUUGCAGGAUGAUCGUGCUGUGGGAGCUUAUGAAUCUCACCACUAUUCCAAUUACAAUACUAUGGAUCCGGAGCGUGUUGGUAAACAAGACCUAGGAACAUCUUUUCAUAUUGGGAUAAAUGGAUCCAUCACUAAGGGACAUCCUGAGAAUCAUGUGGACAAAAAUGUCCAAAAAGCAUCUCCAGAAAGAUAUAAUGUCAACAUCAACAGUCCUAUGGCUUUGAAUCAAGGUGAUGAAAGUGAAGUGCUAUGUGAAUUGAGAUUUGGUAGCUAUUGCCUUUGGCGUCGUGAAUAUAAGGUAGCUAUAAUAGAUUCCAUGGUCAAAAAGUUGAAGGAUCGACUAUUUGUUGCUCGUGCAUACUUCCCAAGCAUUGCCAAGCUUCCUGCACACGAGAAAUUGUCUAAGGAGUUGAAGCAAAAUAUACAAGAUUUUGAGCGUAUGUUGACUGAAGCUACUACAGAUGCUGAGCUUCCACCUCAUGUUGAGAAUAAGCUGUUGAAAAUGGAAGCUGCAAUAGCUAAAGCCAAAUCAAUACCUGUGAAUUGCAACAAUGUGGACAAGAAAUUUAGGCAACUUGUUGAUCUAACUGAAGAUGAGGCCAAUUUCCACACCAAGCAAAGUGCUUUUCUUUAUAAACUUGCUGUCCACACCAUGCCGAAAUCUCUACAUUGCCUGUCCAUGAGAUUGACUGUUGCGCAUUUCCAAAACCCCUCUGUGGGUUUGGAUGAUUCAGUGACAGAGAAAUUUGUAGAUCCAGAUAUGUACCAUUAUGUUAUGUUCUCCAACAACGUAUUAGCAUCAUCUGUUGCUAUUAAUUCUACCGUUUUGCAUGCUAAAGAGAGUAAGAAACUGGUUUUCCAUGUCUUGACUGACAGACAAAACUUUUUUGCUAUGAAGCUAUGGUUCAUUAGGAACACAUUCAAGAAAGCUUCAAUUCAAGUAUUGAAUUUUGAAGACUACAAUACGAUACCUGGUUUAUCACUGUCAGAGGAAUUUCGUGUUACCUAUCAAGUUGCAAAGCUUCCCAAGAUGCAUUAUAAGACAAACUAUAUUUCCUUAUUUUCUCAUUCACACUAUUUCCUUCCGGAAAUAUUCAAGACAUUGGACAAAAUUGUUGUUCUGGAUGAUGAUGUUAUUGUUCAGCAAGACUUGUCAGCAUUAUGGAGACUCAAUAUGGGGAAGAUGGUCAAUGGUGCUGCUGAGUUUUGUGCAGUAAGGUUGGGACAGCUGGACAAUUAUCUAGGUAAUAUCAAUUUUAACCGGACAUCUUGUGCCUGGAUGUCUGGAUUGAAUGUGAUAAACCUGACAAGCUGGAGGAAGCUUAAUCUUUCUGAAAAAUUCCAAACAAUGGUCCAAGAGUUUAGGAGGGAAGGCAGAUUGCUGGAAGCUGCUGCAUCUAGGGCUAGCUUGCUCACAUUUCAAGACCUGGUUUAUGCACUUGAUGAAACAUGGGUUCGGUCAGGUUUGGGUCAUGAAUAUGGUCUAGAUGUACAGUCGUUUAAGAAUUCUGCGGUGUUGCAUUAUAGUGGAAACAUGAAACCUUGGCUUGAGCUAGGAAUUCCAAAAUACAAAAGUUUAUGGCUCAAGUUUAUAAACAGAGAGGACCAGUUUUUGAGUGAUUGCAAUGUCAUUCCAUAGAGAGGAGGAUCCGGGUUGUUGAAGUACGAGUUACAGCAUUCUUUCGUUUUAAUUGAGGAUUUUGAAGAAUCCUUUGCCACUAUGACUUCAAAGAUGAAGUCGUGAUUCUUAUGGUUGAGCUUAUUGGCGUGUUAUAUUCAAAAAUUCAUAGCUGAAUAGUCGUGAAAAUCGAAUUAAUCUUCAAGGAAGAUGAUCGCUUUGUUCAAACAGACACAGAGAAUUCUUGUCAACUUAAAUUUCCAGUAAUUGGUGUUUGGACAUGCGUAGCUUAUGAUUUCAGGGAUCCUAAAAACAUCAAGGGAAUGUGUAUAUCUUUAUUUUCCGGACCUGGUGUUGAGAAGGCAAAUCACGUCCAGUCCAAUUGAUUGCUACCCUUAGCAGAUAUGUCCUGUGCCGAUGAGUGUGUUAUAGUUGCUAUCAAGUCUUUUGCCUAAGAUAGGCAGUCUAAUAUGAUCCCCUCGUUUUGGUAUGCACUUUUUUUGUCUAAAUAAUGAAUAUCGCAGAGUCAAUUCGCUCUCCUUCUUUGCCUUCUUCAGCACUUUGGUUAAGUCAUUUAGUUGGCAUUUUUUCUUGAGGAAAAACAUAGAAAAAGGAAAAUCACUACAUGUUCUUGCUUAGUUAUGUAGAUUGUGGCUCAUUUGCGAAUGUGCAACAGCAUUAGGCUGAUGUGUAAAAUCUCGAAUGAUGUGCGGAUUGUUUGUGAUUUUGUAGCUUCAACAAACACUUGGAUACAACCCAUACUGCAUUUUUUUGUAAAUUUAGGAUAACACUAAUGUUGGAAAAGGCUAUUUGUAUUUUAUUUUUGUUGGAACAUAUGUGUCUGUUUUAUUGGUCAACGAUAGAAGGCAUCAUAAGAAAGUAAAUGGGCUGCAAAAAGCAUAUUUAUACGCAGCAAUUUUUUUA